CACUGAGGAAAAAGUAAUAAUUAAUUUUCUUACACAUCAGAGAACUAUUUUAAGGCCCAAAGGCACCUAUUUUCCCAUGAACUUGAUACAUUAUUGAGAUUACAUUCUAACACGCAUGCGUGAGAAAGUUCCUGUUAUUCUUUGCUCCAAUCCAGGUAUAGAGAGAAUUCCCAUGCAUGUGCGGUGAUCAACCGGCACCAACGAUGUGAGAUUUUUCUCUUCGUCUUUAAAACAUAUCCAAAACAGAAGAACUUAGCAAUAUGUCAGCAGAUUGACAGCUACUUGUGUCUGCAUUUACUUCGCGUUCUGUUUAGAUUGCGGUAGACGUUUUACAAAGUCGCUCAGCAAUCUCAGCAGUUUGAAUUGUGUUCUCAACGAAUCGGGUUCUGCGCGCAUGCGCUUUACGUCGAAGAUAAGUCGUAAUAAAGUGCUAAAUUCAAGUAAAAGAAAAGAUGGCUUCCAGUGGGCCAUUUCCACAGAUUUUUGUUCGCAGGAAAGAACCGCGAAACAUCAUGGAAGGAGCGGAAGUAACAUUUUUAUUCCAGUUCGGUCUGACGCGUGACACAGUCACCGUCGACAGUAGCACGCUGACUCUCAAGGCCCUGAAAGAUCUCGCCUGUGAUUUUAUAAACACCAAGUGUCCAGAGCACGGCUUAAACCACCUCUUCGAGAGAUUACUUCUGUUCAAGCACGACUACAGUUCCACAAAUGUUCUACAACUUAUCACAAACGCUACGGAAGUGGUUGACGAGACUCUAGUAGAAAUCGUAUUGACUGCACAAGUGCCAAGCGAAUACAUUCCCAUUCGUCCUCAUGCUUUAGCAGUACAUUCCUACAAGGUCCCGACGUUCUGCGAUUUCUGCGGCGAAAUGCUGUUCGGGCUUGUUCGGCAAGGUCUCAAGUGCGAAGGUUGUGGCAUGAACUACCACAAGAGAUGCGUUAUUAAAGUGCCGAACAACUGCUCGCAAGAUGCGAGUCAGCGGAGACGCAGUUCGGCGAUGCUAAACGUGCCGAGAUCGCCGAGCCAAGGCUCAACCAGUAGUCUGACCAGCAUCACUGACGAUAAUCAUAGUUCAAAUAAUACGCCUAACACAAGCCAAAAUAAUAGUACUUUGGCGAUACCGAGUAUAAUGGCACCAAAACCAUCUCCCACACCGUCGUUAGGAGGACGACCUGUCUGGGUUGAGCGAGAGCUCGCAACGCGAAUUAAAAUCCCGCACACAUUCGUAGUACACACGUAUACUCGUCCGACCGUAUGUGGACACUGUAAAAAGUUGCUGAAGGGUAUAUUUAAGCAAGGCCUACAAUGUAAAGAUUGCCAAUACAAUACGCACAAAAAGUGUAUGGAUAAAAUACCAAAAGACUGUACCGGAGAAAAUCUACGAGACACUAUAGGUGAAUAUCCGGACAGCGGUGUCGGCAGCGAAUUAGAAGCCAAAUGUGAUAUCAGGAGUGAGGAAGUCGACGCUGACAGUGACACGGAAUCGUCGCCACCUUCGCAGGACGCGUCGUUCACGAACGAUGAAAACAAGAUACCCAACGAUUACACGGAUCACGUUCAGAGUAACGAUGACAUUGCUUACGACGACAACCAGAAGUCUCGACCGUCGAGUUGUAGUUCCACGCCAAGUAACAACAUUCCACUAAUGCGGAUAGUACAAAGCGUAAAGCACACUAAAAGACGCGGUUCUAAAGUAUUGAAAGAAGGCUGGAUGGUGCAUUUCACGCAUCGCGACCCGAUCAGGAAGAAGCAUUAUUGGCGGCUCGACACAAAGUCUAUAACGCUGUUCCAAAGUGAAACUAGUUCGAAAUAUUACAAGGAAAUACCAUUGGCCGAGAUCACAGCGAUCGAAACCGCUAAAACGCCUCGUUCAUAUAUAAUGCAUUGCUUUGAGCUAAAAACUGCCAAUGUCGAUUACUAUGUUGGAGAGGAUCCAUCAUACGGACAGAAUUGCGGCCAAGUCUCUCCUCCAGAGAGCGGUAUCGGAGCUCAUAUAGCUAGAUCGUGGGAAACUACUAUUAGACAAGCACUUAUGCCUGUAACUGUGUCGACUAAUCAAGAGGAGUCCACCGAGCCGGAGGAGAACAUCACUGACAUGUCGCAGUUGUAUCAGAUCUUUCCGGACGAGGUGUUGGGAUCCGGUCAGUUCGGCAUAGUCUACGGUGGCGUUCAUCGCAAGACCGGUCGCGCGGUCGCCAUCAAGGUCAUCGACAAACUGCGCUUCCCUACGAAGCAAGAGGCGCAGCUGAAGAACGAGGUGGCGAUCCUGCAGAAUCUGUCGCACAGCGGCGUGGUGAAUCUCGAACGUAUGUUCGAGACGCCCGAGCGAAUAUUCGUGGUGAUGGAGAAGCUGAAAGGCGACAUGCUAGAGAUGAUCUUGAACUCCGAGCGAGGACGACUCAGCGAGCGGAUCACCAAGUUCCUGAUCACGCAGAUUCUAGUGGCGUUGAAGCACCUCCACAGUAAGAACAUCGUGCACUGCGACUUGAAGCCGGAGAACGUGUUGUUGAGCAGCGAUACAGACUUCACGCAGGUGAAGCUCUGCGACUUCGGAUUCGCGCGGAUUAUCGGCGAGAAGAGCUUCCGCCGCAGCGUCGUCGGCACGCCGGCUUACCUCGCGCCGGAAGUGCUGCGAAAUAAAGGCUACAAUCGCUCGCUGGACAUGUGGAGCGUGGGCGUUAUUAUCUACGUGUCAUUGAGCGGCACGUUCCCGUUCAAUGAGGAGGAGGACAUAAAUGAGCAGAUUCAGAAUGCCGCGUUUAUGUAUCCGCCGACACCGUGGAAGGAGAUUUCGAGCGAUGCUAUUGAUCUGAUCAAUAAUCUUCUGCAAGUUAAGCAGAGGAAGAGAUACAGCGUAGACAAGAGUCUACAACACGUGUGGCUCCAAGAUUAUCAAACGUGGUGCGAUCUGAGGAAGUUGGAGGCGAAGGUCGGCUAUCGCUAUUUGACUCACGAAAGCGACGACGCACGCUGGAUGGCGUACAGUAAUCAAGAAACAUGACAGAACUGUUCGGUUGCUCUGAACAUCGAGGCGCUACCGACUUCUCUGUCAUUACACAAAGGCUGGGCCCGAUGCGCUCGGGCUACUCUGCGGCGGUUUAUUCGUGCCUGACUCCGUAAAAGUACGUGAAAACUAGUACAACAAUUCGUCUUUCGGCAGUAUCCCGAAGUGUCGUGCUCGGUGCAUGCAGUCGAGAUUUGAUUAACAUUUGAUUAACGCAUUCCGCGAGCUCGCACUUCGGGAGAUGCUGUUCCCUCUGAGUGAAAUACUUAAUAUUAAACGUAACACCAUAUAUACAUAUUAUAUAUUCUCAGAAAGCUUCCACGUAAUGUUAACAUUCCCACAGAGGUCUAACACAAAGAAGCGUUUCGACUCGCGAUAUAUUACGUGUAGCGACAAACAAUAUUAAUAACAAGUAAGAGACACUCCAUUGUUCGUGAAAUAUUAUUGAUAUUCCAACCGACAGUAAGCACGAACGUUUGUUUGGUAGGCAUAUAUCUACCGAAUGUUCUAUUGCAUUUCAAAUAUUUACUUUGAAUUUUACUCAUAGAUAUUGUCUGUGUAAGUUACUUAAACGAUGUUAUACAACAUUGUAGGCAUUUAUAUUACUUAAUUCUUAGAUUAAUAACGUUAUUCGCGAU